AAUAAUUAAUAAGUGGGACAAGUGUGAGUUUUGAUUUUUGAUUUAAAAAUUUUUAUGGACUUUUAAAUUACAUGAAAUAAAGUAAAUUUCCAAUGCUUGAGAAUUGGAUUAAUAAAAAGUGUAUCCUAAAACAAUUAUGAGCAUUGAAAAAAAAAAUGUCUGUAGAGGUUUCAAAAGCAUCUUGGUACUCCAAAAUAUACAGUUAUCUAAAAAAUCGAAAUCGUAUCGAACCUGCAAAAUCAAAAUUACCAGAUUGUGAUUUUUUUACUGUAGGGCCUCGGCGCACACUUCGAAUAUUGAAACCAACACAAAAAGCUAGUGAAUCUGAUGAUUUAUCUAUAUAUAACUCAGAAUCUAUAAAUGAAAAGUUCAUUUCAAAGUGGAUAGAAAGACCUCAUUCAUCUAAUAGCUGUAGAUGCUCGUUUUAUAAAUUUUACACUCGGAAUAAUGUUAAUAAGCAAAGUUCUCCUAAAUUAAAUCAAACUAAAACUCGUUUCAAACAAUAUGAUGAUGAUGAAGAAAAUACUAGUAAAUUUAAAAUUAAUGUUUCCAAAGAUUUAAAUCAGUUCAAUAGAACAUUGACAUCAAAAGUAAAUAAUAAAAUUAUUGAAGAAAUUGAACUUAGGAAUUACUUUAAAGAUCGCUUAAAUAUUGAAGCUCUGAGUAUUAAAAAUAAAAUUAUUAGAGAUUUAGAAAGAUCUAUCGAUCUAAUUUUGGGAAAUGUUCUUAAUCAUACAAUUAACGUUGUAAGUACUUGUGAUAAAACAAUAGAUAAAAUAAACUAUUUUAGCGAUAACAAUGAAUCUACUAGUUCAAAACGAGAUGAACCGAUAAUCAAUGAUGCACCCACAAAUAUUCCUUUAGACAUAAAAUUUGACUUUUCUAGUGAUGAUUAUAGCAGUAGUAGAUAUUGUGUUGCAAGUAUUGACAAAUCUGACUUUGGUGGUUAUGUAAAUCAAGCAUUUGCUCCAUGUAUAAGUGAUCCCGAUAAGUUAGACUUUUAUUUAAGAGAACCAAUUAAUGAAAAAGAUUUCGAUAUGAUAGAUUGCCUAGAUUCUGGUAUUAAUAGCGUUGAAACAAUGGAAGUUUCAAUAGAAUCAGAUUUCAAUGUAGAAAACUCUUUUACGCAGAUGAUCGAAGAUAAGUUUAAUCACAUGAUAGAAUCUUCGAACUUAAAUGAUGAAAACACUACAGAUAGUACUACACAGCUUCAGACAAAUACAGAUCGUAUUGAUUUCGUCCAACAAGAAAAUAAAAAAGAAAUAAUUACAGAGAAAGAAGUUACAGAAUUUACAAUAAAUUUAAUUGAAAAUGUUGAAGAAAUCGUGUACUCUGAUUUUACUUCAUUAGUUGCCAAAAAUAUGAUUGAUAAAAAGAGACUAAUUUUUGAUAUUGAUUCUCAUGACAAAACAUCAUUACAAAAAAUCGAUAAAAUUGAAAAAUUCCAUUCAACAGUUACUUUGAAUGAAAACGUUACUUCCAAAUUCGAUGAUACUUGCAAAAGUACUGAUAAUAAAGAAACAAGUAAACUAAAGUUGAAACGGCAACUUGAGGAAUCGGAAAAUGGUGGAACAGAAAAAAAUGUUGAAGAACAAAGCAGCAAAGAGUCUUUAAUGGACUCGACUAUUUCAAAAAAAAUUCGAAAACCAAUAAUAGUAUUUCUUCAUGGAUUUGGAUCCUCUGCCGAAGUCUUUGAAAAUCAACUUCAAUAUUUUUCAAUGAUGGGUUAUCCGUGCAUAGCUCCUGAUUUGUUGGGUCAUGGUAUGAGUUCUGUUCCUGAUAAAAAGCGUGAUUAUCAUUUUGAUAAGCUACUUAAUGACUUGGAAGAAGUUCUUUAUCAUUAUGCUUUUAAAUUUGGACAAAAAUGUGUCUUAGUUGCUCAUAACUACGGAUGUAGCUUAGCAACAGCUUUGGCAAAUAAAUAUACACAUGAAAUUCAUCGAUUGGUUCUAAUAUCUGGUGGUGGGCCAAUACCUUUAGUAUCGCCGACGAAAGAAGGUGCAUGUCAUUGCUGUUUAAGGAUAAUUUUAUCUCCACUCUUAAUGUGUGGUUUCCGGCGAGAUAUAUUAUAUGCAACAAGAGGUCGACAGCAUCCUUAUUGUGGUUCAGAACAAGAAAAUCAAUGGCCUCUUCAUAUGAAAUAUGUUUUGGAUGGUAUGUCAUGGCCUGAAGGCGAUUAUCUUUUUCACAGAAGAGUCUGCGUUCCGACAUUGCUUAUACAUGGACUUAAAGACGACAAGGUGUCACUUGUGCAAGAAUGUCAAAUGGAAAGAACUAUGCCGAAAGCUAAUCUUGAAGCUAUUUCAAGGGCUGGACACUUACCUAUGAUAGAUACUCCGAAUCAAGUUAAUCACAUGAUACAUUGUUUUAUUAAUUUACUAAGUAAAAAAACAUGAUACAAUUAAGGAAAAUAAAUGAUAAUCAAUAUGCUUAUUAUAAUAUAUAUUACACUUGCUACAGUUUUAUAAUUGUUUAAACUAAUAGUUGAUAAC